AUGCGCUCCCUCCCCCUCCCCCUUGACCCCGUCUCCGUACUCUGCGUCCUCACUAAGUGCUCCCAUCUCGGCUGCGUCAAAACGGGCUUGCAGCUUCAUGCACUUGUGGUGAAGCUUGGGGUUUCUGGGUGUGUUAGAGUCUGCAAUGCUUUGAUGGAUGUUUAUGUGAAGUGUGGGCUUGUGGAUGGGGUUAGAAGAGUUUUCGAGGAUAUGGGGUUGAAGAGUGUGGUGUCUUGGAUUGUGGUCUUGGAAGGUGUGGUGAAAGGGGAGGGUUUGGAGAAUGGGCGGAAGGUGUUCGAUGAAAUGCCAGAGAGGGAUGAGGUUGCUUGGACUGUGAUGAUUGUGGGGUAUGUUGAGAAUGGGAUGACUAGGGAGGCUUAUGACUUGAGGGAGAUGAUUUUUGGGUGUGGGUUUGUGUUGAAUGGUGUGAGCCUUUGUUCGAUUCUUUUGGCUUGUUCGCGGUCUGGGGAUGUGAGCUUGGGGAGGUGGGUUCAUGGGUAUGCUGUGAAGGAAAUUGGGUGGGAUGUGGGUGUCAUGGUGGGGACUGGGUUGGUUGACAUGUAUGCAAAGUGUGGGAGGAUUGGUGCUGCCUUGGUUGUGUUCAGGAACAUGCCAAGGAGAAAUGUAGUGGCGUGGAAUGCCAUGAUUGGUGGGUUGGCCAUGCAUGGGAAGGGAAAGGAUGUGGUGGAUAUGUUUGAUUCCAUGAUCGGAGAAGGAGUGAGCCCUGAUGCUUUGACUUUCUUGGCCUUGUUGAGUGCUUGCAGUCAUUCGGGUAUGGUUGAUCUCGGUUGGAAGUACUUCAACGAGCUUGAGUCCAUUCAUGGGAUAAAUCCGGAAAUGGAGCAUUAUGCUUGCAUGGUGGACCUCCUUGGUCGAGCCGGACGAUUGGAAGAAGCCGAAGCUUUUAUUAAAAGCAUGCCAUUUGCUCCAAAUGAAGUUGUUCUGGGGUCUCUUUUUGGCUCUUGUUACACACAUGGGAAGGUGAAGCUUGGGGAACAGAUUAUGAGAGAGUUGGUUCAGAUGGAUCCACAUAACACUGAGUAUCAUGUCUUGCUUUCCAACAUGUAUGCAUUGUCUGGGAAAGAGGAAAAGGCAAAUUUCUUCAGGAAGGUUCUUAAGAAAAGGGGUAUCAAAAAGGUGCCAGGAACGAGCUCAAUGUAUGUUGGUGGCCAGCUUCAUCAGUUCAUCGCCGGCGAUAAGUCUCACCCGCAAACUGCAGGGAUUUACAUGAUGCUAGAUGACAUGAUUCACCGGUUGAGGUUGGGUGGCUAUGUUCCCAAUACAAGUUCUCAGGUUUUGUUUGGUUGUUCCACCAGGGAUGAUUGCACUGAGGCAUUGGAGGAGGUAGAACAAGUGUUGUUCACUCAUAGUGAGAAGCUUGCACUUGCUUUUGGCCUAACAAGCACUCCAUCAGGUUCUCCAAUACACAUUUUCAAGAACCUAAGGAUUUGCCAAGACUGUCAUUCUGCUAUGAAGAUUGCAUCUUAUGUAUACAACCGCGAAAUCGUGGUCCGAGAUCGAUAUCGGUUUCAUAGUUUCAAGCAAGGUUCUUGUUCUUGCUCUGACUAUUGGUGAAUUCAGCACGGAUGGGAGCUUGGUAGGAUUGUUGGGGAAGGGUGAGAUAUACCUGUUAAUCCCUUGAUCCACUAGUGUAUAUAUUUUAAAGUUGCCCAUAAAAGCUAAAGGUUUUGUUGCCAAUUCUUUUUACAGUGGAUUGUCUGCUACUGAGUUUUUCUUCCACACAAUGGGAGGGCGUGAAGGGUUUGUUGAUACAGCGGUAGGGUGCAUAUUUUGAAUAUACUAUGCAUAUUGCAUAAUAUAUAAUCAAUCAGAGCUGGUUUCAGUUAAAUCAACAGUUACUAUUAUUAUUAUUAUUUUUUUAUUAAAAUCAGAAGCUAAUUGACAACCAGGAUCUGGUUUGUUAAGGUAAUGUAAGCAGCCGCUGGUACAUAUAUUAUGACCUUCAAAUUGUAUUAUGUAAGGAGAAAUUAUUUAUUUUUGUACUCAGUCCUCCCAAUCAUCCAUCUAGUUAUUGACAAAAAGUCUCAGGACCAGCAAAUAUAUAAAAACCUAACCAUCAUUCAGCCAGCAAGUAUUUUUAUACCAUCAUAAUACGGAAAGCCUCACGAGCGUUGUUGAAAAGAUUCGAUACGAUAACACAAACGAAUCUCUCUCACGCUCCUCUCCAAGGCAUUAGGCGGAUAUCUCAGCUUCUAGCCUCUUUGAUGAGGGUUAACAUGGUUCUGCACUCGCAGUUCCAUUGACGAAGGUUAUGAAGCUUUACCUCUUCAAGAUCGCGGCUCCUUUACUUGACUUGUCCGAUUUUCAAAUCAUCGGUGCCGCUGUGUUUUGCACUCUUCCAAGAGGAGAAUGAAGGUCUCGAUUAAUGGAGGAUGUGACACUCUCACCGGUUGUUGACUUUCUUACUCUUGCAUAGAAAUUCUCUUCUCUAUCGCUCAUUCCUUCUCAACUGCAGAGCAACUCAGAAUUUCACUCUCUCGCUCCAUGUCAAUGGUGAAAUCAGUUUUAGAAGAAUAGAAUAUUGAAAUGUAUGCAUGGAAAGGCGCCUAAAAGCCAAUGCCUCGGAAUGCGAGCUGGAAUUGAGAAUGUGAUGCCAGGACACGUCAUAGGUUAUGCAUUUGACACACUUUGAAAAAGAUUCCAAAAAAAUUCAAUGGAUACAAGAGAUAUAAAGAGUUACAAAGUGAUUUAAAUAAUAUUGUUUGGGAGUGUACUUCAGAAGAUGAUUUUCAAAGUCAAUGGGACGAUUUUUUGAUUGAAUAUGGUCUAGACAAUAACAAAUGGCUAUCAGUAUGACAAUUGCCUUGGAUGGAAGGAGGAACAAGAAAGAAAGGCUGAUGUUGAAGACUAUAAAUCAAUAAUACCUUGUGCCACUAAUUCCUUAAUAAAGAAGCAAUUUCAAGGUGUCUAUACUAAUGCAAAGUUUAAGGAA